AUGCUUGCUUCGAAUUUCCAUGUGGGGACCAAAUGUCUUGAGAUUGACAACACACCAGCCUGCGGAAAAAUUAUUCUCCAUGCCAGAGUUCUCUCUUUAGAAGCUCAGAUGAACACCGGACAAGAGAAACUCCUCCAAAAAUAUUAUGAUGUUGCUGAGGAUCUCGAGGCCAAAGCAUGUGCACUCAUGCUACUGGGAGAAUAUGAGAUUGGGGAUGAGAAAGAUCAAGGAUGUAGUUUGUCUUUUUUGAUUUUAAAAAGAUUGAGCAACGGAUACUAUCAGCGAGUUGGUCUAUUUGACUGUUGGUUAAAGGGGUGA